UUUCAUCGUGAUAACUUCAAAACGAGACACGCUCGCGCGCGCGCCCAGCUUGAGCACGCACAGUCGCAGAGAUCGGUUGGAUGGCAAAGAAGUCACUGCGAAUCACACGGAAAAUUUAAUUAUAGGAAAACUACAUUAAUAGAGAUUUGAUUUUUUAUAUAAAAACAAAUGAAGUAAAAAUAAGUGAGAAAAUGGUAUGCGACUGAUUCCUUUGAUUUACAAAGCAAAAUAAAUAAUUAAAUAAAUAUAAAAAUGUUAAGUGAAAUGACAAUUACAAAAAAGUAAAAAAAAAAAUAGUUUUUAUUAAAAAGCUGUAGUGUUAAGUCAACGCAUCGAACGAAUAGUAUAAAGGAUACGCGCUCGUGGCACAAUAGCUUGGGUUCGCAGGACAGCAGAACCAAAAAAAAAAAGAAAAAACACAAAAACCAAGUGACGAAAAACGUUCUGUUACUGGUUGCUCGUUCGCAGGAUUAUAUCAAGAUUACCUAGAAAUUAAAUGUAUGUGUGUAUAUUUGUGCGUGUUUAGUAGAUCUGGAAAAAGCAUUUGAUUUUUUGUGAGAAAUUUUCGUGUUAUUCUGGAAGUAAAAAAUUUAAAGAUAUUUUCAUUCUGCAAGUGCCAGAAAAUUUUACCAAAAUAAAAGUGUCAAUUAAAGAUGUCGUUGUGUAUGUAAACAAAAUUUGCUUGAAUACAAAAUCUUUCAACGAAAAUCCCUAGGAGAUUGGGCGUGGUCGUGUAGAAGUGUGUUGAACCCGGAGUAGCUGAAUUUGUUUUGAAACUUUUAUUGCUAAAUUAUGGGGUUACAAAAACACUACCUCAGAUAUGGCCGCAGUGCGAGAGAUCAUAUAUUGGGACUGGCAGGCGGAGGACGCCGCAACACCAUCGUGAAAACCACCGGCGAUAAUGGUCACCAUAGCCAAAAUGGCCAUGGCACACAUCGUGGUGGGGGUGGUGGUGGCGGUGAACACGGCGGUAUGCCAAAUUUAACCAGCCGCCCCACCCCGCUGUCCAUGUUAAUAUCACAAGGAGCUAAAAUCAAUAACCAUAGACUAGCUGUGAUAAUUAUUGGAAUAGUAACAUUAAUUAUAGGAAUUAUGCUAUCAUCAAUUCCAUGGCUGGAUUAUUUUAUAUUAAAGAAUUUAAGGCUAUGGAAUGAUACGUUAAGUUUUCAUUACUGGCAGCGGCCAGGCGUCGUACGUCUAACUAAAGUUUAUAUAUAUAAUGUCACAAAUCCAGAGGGUUUCCUGAGUGGAGAAAAACCGAGGUUGACGGAAGUGGGUCCAUUCGUUUAUAGAGAAGACAUGCAGAAGGUGAAUAUUCAUUUCUACGACAAUCAAACAGUGUCAUAUCAGCACAAGAAAAUUCUACAAUUUGUUCCCGAAUUGAGUAUAGACAAGAAUACUCCGAUAGUCACACCAAAUAUUCCUUUAUUGACUCUUACUAGUCUCAGUCCAAAACUAGGUUAUCUGCUCUCAAAAACCAUUUCCGUGGUGUUAACUGCAGCCAAAUUCAAACCCUUCAUCAAUGUGACCGCCGAUCAGCUGGUGUUUGGAUACGAUGAUGCACUGGUUAGUCUUGCGCAUCGCUUUUAUCCAAAACAUUUGCGUCCAAUGGAGCGCAUGGGUCUGCUAAUUGGGCGCAAUGGCACACUGACCGAAAUCUCAACUAUAAAAACCGGACUACGAGGUAUGGAAGAAUUCGGCUACAUAGACCGACUCAAUGGGCUCGCUCACUUGCCUCAUUGGCAUAAGCCACCUUGCAAUCAGAUAGCCGCCUCCGAGGGUUCUUUUUUUCCACCGCGUGAUAGUACAAAAUCUGAUAUUGUUUACCUUUACGACAAGGAUUUGUGUCGCGUCAUACCGUUGCAUUACCAAAGAGGCAUACAGAAAGAUGGCAUUGAUGCUGAUCUUUACAUCUUGCCCGAGAACAGUUACGGCGAUUCGGCGAAUAAUCCGGAAAAUAAAUGCUUCGAUCCAAGCGAUUAUCAGCCGGUGAAAGGUCUACAGAACAUAAGUCCCUGUCAAUAUGGUGCGCCCGUCUACAUAUCCAAUCCGCAUUUCUACCAAGCCGAUGAGUCGUUGUUGAAUUCGGUAGAGGGUCUCAAGCCGAAUAAAAGCGAACAUGAAACAUAUUUCAAAAUCCAGUCGAAAUUAGGCGUUCCGCUAGAGGGCAAAGUACGCAUUCAACUCAAUCUGAAGGUGACACGGGCGAAAGAUGUGCAUCCUGUUAAAGAUUUUCGGGAUUUUACGUUCCCGAUUAUGUGGCUAGAAGAAGGUAUAUCCGAAUUAACGCCAGCAAUCCGGCGCUGGAUCUACUUAGCCACGGUUUUUGUGCCAAUCGUCAUACCAAUUUUCUCAUAUCUGAUGAUGUUUGGCGGUGCUCUCGCCAUUGUGUUUGUCUUCGUGCGUGCAUACCAAAACUUCGUAUUUGCGCGCGAUCCCACUUUGGAGAUAUUGGAGAUGGGACGUCGAUCGUUGCGGCGCGGCAGUAGCUUCAUCGCGCAGCAUCAACACAAAUUUAUGCAUCGCGAAAGCUAUACGUUGCUAAAGACGGCGCCUGGUGAUUUGUUGGACGACAGAGAGGAUACGCUACCGAUAAUGACGGAUAGCUCAUAGUAUUCCUAGAUAGCCGCAGUGGAAUUGAGUGAUCGGUGGUGCGAUCAAUCGAGUCUCACACACACUCAUACAUAUGUAUGUACUUAUGUGCAUAUGCGUGGUUGCCUUUUGAAUUUAGUUUUUGUAUUUAAUUAGUCUUUUAAGCUAAGUGCGAGAAUUAUUUAUGAAUGUUUAAAAUGUUUCGCGUGCGUGUUGAAGUACCAUAUCAAAACCAACAAAAACAAGAACAUGUGAUUUAAGUUAUUGCUUUCGAAAGUUUUCGUGUGAGUUUUUAGUUUUGUAUGUAGUUACUUACAAAUUUUUACUUAGAUGAUUUCUAUUAUUUCCGAAGUGAUUCUUGGGGAGCGCGUGUCUGCGGCCUUUAGUGCGUUUUAGCUCUAAUUUUUCCACAAUUUCAAGCCUAUGAGUUUGAAAUUGAUACCUUAUAAUAUAUUUACAUACAUACAUACAUGUAUUUAUAAUGCGGUGUUUAGCUUUUCUCUUCUUCUACUUAUACUUAUACUCGAUUUAAACAAACACGUGACUUUCCAGGGUUAGUGGUAGAGUUUGUUAAACUUAAGUACGUAAAAGUUUGCAUGCAUUCAAGUAGAAACAGCAACGAUUUUAGCGAAUGUGAGAAAUUAGUAUUUGAAACAAUUACAGAAGUGAUGAUGGAAAAGAAAUAGUGCAACUUGUACUCAAGAAUAAUAUAAAUCAUUAUUGAGCUCAAAUGACGCAACAAAUUUUGAAUUUACAAAGAAAGUACAACUCAAUAAUUCCUAACAAAAAUUACCAUAUAUUCGCAUGUUUUGUGGAAGAACGUCUAUUGCAAAAAAAGAAAAUUAAAAAUAA